AUGCUCAAUUUCCUAAAUUCAGUUGAUUUGCUACAGUACUUUGGUACUGUAACGACUUGGCGCGCACAAGGACUGCUGGAGGGGACGAAAAUGAUGCAUCAGCAAUCCAUGAUGGUUGGAGAUAUGAUACCUGUACAUUCUGAAAUACCUACGCAUGUUGAGGAGAUGAAUAAUAUUAACUACGAAAACAAUGCUUCUUAUGCCUAUGAUGACCUUUUUCCGGCUCUACCUCAUUCCCAGCCACCUGUGCAGCGCAGUAUACAACAAGCAACUAAUAAGCUUCGUGUUGGUUCUUCGCUGCAUACCCAGGUUUUCCAUGUGCCAUAUGAAGAAAGAAAGUUGGACAAUGCUAACACUUUUGGUGAGGGAGAGUCAUUGAGAACUUGCCAGUCCAUUACUAAGGAUACUGGAGCUCAUAUUGAAAUCUCUACUAGUAAGGAUGGCAGCUUAACUUUCUUGAUGACUGGUAAACUUAGUGCAGUCCUUGAUGCAAGACGGCUAAUUUUAACUCACUUCCAACAACAGGCGAGCAAGCAAAUAGCUAUUCCCAAGGAGCAUCACCGUUGGAUUUUAGGGAAACAAGGACAAAAACUGAAAGAGUUAGAAAAAGUAACUGCUACAAAAAUUAGUGUGCCUGGGAUAGCAGAAAAUAGUGAAACUAUAACUAUCACUGGCACCAAGGAGGGCAUAGAAAAAGCUGAACAUGAAAUCCGAGUAUGCUCUGAGGAACAAUCACGUAAGGCUUUAGAACGAGUAAAAAUCCCGAAGAUCUACCACCCCUUCAUCCAAGGUCCAUAUGGUGAACGUGCAGCUGCACUCACUGCAGAGACUGGAGCGCGUAUUCACAUUCCCCCAGCUUCCACCCAAAGCGAUGAGAUCGUCAUUGCAGGCGAGAAAAAUGGUGUACUUUCUGCUAAAGCUCAAAUUGAGCAAAUCUAUCAGGACAUGGUCAAGAAAUGUUCGACAGUGCGUGUGGAAGUACCUAAAUCUCAGCACAAGUAUGUUAUUGGAGCUCGUGGAACUACCAUCCAAGAAAUUCUAAAAGAGACUGAAGUAUCUGUAGAGAUGCCACCACCUGAUUCACCUACAGGCACUAUAACUCUUCAUGGACCACACAACAAGAUUGGUCUUGCUCUUUCUAAAGUCUGCGAAAAGGCAAACUCUGUUAAAACAGCCACCGUCGAUGCGCCGACUUGGAUUCAUAAAUAUAUUAUUGGCAAAAAUGGUUCAAACAUUAAGAAGAUAACACAAGAAUUCUCAAAGAUCCACGUUGAUAUAACACAUUCUGAAGAUAAGGUGAAGAUAGAUGGACCCCCAGAGGAAGUAGAGCGCGCUCAACUAGAGUUAGACAGCUUUGUGAAAAAUUUGCUUGCUACUCUUACAUAUGUUGAACUAUCAGUGGAUCCUAAGUUCUUUAAACACAUCAUUGGCAAGAGUGGAACUAACAUUAAUAGACUGAAGGAUGAGACUGGGGUAGUUAUUAACAUUAUUGAAAGUGAAGGUAACAAUAUUAUUCGCAUUGAAGGCAGUCGCCAAGGUGUAGCUGAUGCUGAAAGGGAACUACGAGAAAUGGUAAUGAAACUGGAAAAUGAAAGGACUAAAGAAGUUUAUGUUGAUCACAGAUACAUUAAAUCUCUUAUUGGAGUCAGGGGAGAAAAAAUAAAAGAACUUCGUGAGAAGUUUGAACGUGUGCUGAUUACUCUACCUGACCAGGGACAAAAAAGGAGUCCAGUUAAACUAAGGGGACCUCAAGAAGAUAUUGAAAAAUGUGAGAAGUAUCUGCACAAAAUAAUUAAAGAAAUAGCUGAAUGGUCUUACGUCCAGGAAGUACCUAUUUUCAAGCAAUUCCACAAGUUCAUUAUUGGUAAAGGGGGUGCAAAUUUAAGAAAAAUUCGUGAUGAAACACAAACUGUUAUUGAUCUGCCUGCAGAGGGAGAUGAUAGUGAUGUUAUUACAGUACGAGGGAAGCGCGAAAAUGUCGAAGAAGCUGUUAAAAAAAUCCAGCAAAUUCAUAAUGAGAAAGCGAAUGUUGUUACAGAGGAAGUUACUAUUGCUCCUAAAUACUAUAAUUCCUUGAUUGGGGCAGGAGGAAAACUUAUUCAUUCUAUAAUGGAGGAAUGUGGAGGAGUAUUGAUCAAAUUCCCUCCAGCAGAGAGUGACAGUGACAAAGUGGUUAUUAAAGGACCAAUUGAAGAUGUCGAAAAAGCAAAGCAGCAACUACUAGCUCACGCUUCAGAACGGGAACUUACAUCUCAUACGGCUCAUGUUCGUGCUAAACCUGAACAUCACAAAUUCCUUAUUGGUAAAAAUGGUGCUAAUAUUAAAAAAAUUCGCGAGCAAACUGGCGCUCGAAUUAUCUUUCCGACUGAUAAGGACGAAGACAAGGAAGCUAUAUUUAUAAUUGGACGUCAAGAACAAGUAGAAGCAGCUCGUAAGCAAUUGGAAGCAGCUGUAGCUGAGAUCAGCAAUGUAUCAGAGGGUGAAAUGUCUGUGACUCCUCGUCACCACAGACAUUUCGUGGCACGACGUGGUGAGGUGCUGCGGCGUAUCGCUGAAGACUGCGGUGGCGUCCAAAUAUCAUUCCCGAGGCAAGGGGUCAACAGUGACCGCGUUGUGCUCAAGGGUCCAAAGGAUUGUAUAGAAGCUGCCAAAAUUAGAAUCAAUGAGAUCAUUGAAGAUUUGGAAGCUAAGGUGACAAUAGAAUGUGUGAUUCCUCAAAGACACCACCGUACUGUAAUGGGUGCUCGUGGCGCCAAAGUAAAAGAUAUAACCGCGGAACAUGAUGUCCAAAUUAAGUUUCCUGAGCGAGACACAACUGAGGGUGCUGACGUACCAGUGAAGGACAAUGAUGAAAGUGCGGAGCCUGGACCUAAUGAUAUAAUCAGGAUCACCGGUCGCCCAGAAAACUGUGAAGCAGCUAAAAAUGCGCUACUAGAACAGGUUCCAAUUACAAUUGAUGUGGAAGUGCCUAAUGAGUUGCAUAGACUACUGGCUGGUCAGAAGAGAAGAGAACUAAUGCAGACAUAUGAUGUUCAUAUACUUCUUCCGCCUAAUGAUGACACCAGUGAUAUAGUUAAGGUAACCGGAACACCUGCUAAUGUUGAAAGGGCUAAACUUGCACUUGUUGACAAGAUAGUUGAAAUGGAAAAAGAGAAAGAAGAUAGAGUUCUCAGGUCUUUUGAGCUGAAAUUCAAAGUUGAUCCCGAAUACCACCCUCUGGUAAUUGGUAAGGGAGGCGUUGUUAUUACCAAGAUCCGUACAGACUAUGGAGUACAAAUUAAUUUGCCAAAACGCGGCGAACCCGAUGACGACAUUAUUACCAUUCAGGGUUAUGAAGACAAGGCCUUGCAAGCUAAGGAAGCCAUCAUGGCCAUUGUUCAUCAAUUGGAUAAUCAGUACCGUGAGGAGGUUGAUAUUGAUCCUAGAGUUCACCGCAGGCUUAUUGGCCUCAGAGGCAAGAACAUAAGACGCAUCAUGGACGAGUAUAAGGUUGACAUACGUUUUCCAAAACAGGGUGACGAUAGUAUUGUUGUCAUCACGGGAGACGAGGAUAAUGUACUUGAUGCUAAAGAUCAUCUUCUCAACCUAGCUGAAGAAUAUAUGCAAGACGUCGCGGAUCGGUACACGCGCCCAGCGGCACCUUCACUGGGUGACUUCGGCGAUGUGCUCGGAGAGACCGCGACCGCGGCCGCUCCUGCUAGUACAGGUGCAGGGUCAGCGACAGCCGGGACCGGGUUCGUGGUGAAGGGUGGUCCGUGGGAGCAACGCGCCCCAGACACGGCGUCAACGCACGAGUUCCCCACCAUGCCCGGCGCCACCCGCCAACCGGCGCCGGCUGCCCCCACCCCCACAGCCGCAUGGGGUCCUCGCCGCUAG